GGGCCUUUUUUGUUCAUUAUCUAUUUUGCUUUCCUUUGACGAAUAGGAAAAUGAUGUCUGCCUAUUGAAUGAAUAUAAAGGGAGCGAGUUUUCGAUUAGGGUUUUUUUUUUCUGAAUCCAAAGGAGCGAGGGUUCUCACUACGAAAGAGGGCUUUACACUGUGUCGUGGUUAUUCUUCUUCUGAUACAACAUCGUAUCAAUGGCAACAGCAGCAGCUCCAUCUCGUUCCUUCUUGCAAGUGGCAGCCACCGAGGAGGCAGUUGCUCCGCCUCUACGAGUUGUCCAGAUCGAAGGACUGGUUGUAUUGAAGAUUAUCAAACACUGUACAGAGUUUUCACCUUCUCUUGUGACUGGUCAACUUCUUGGCUUGGAUGUUGGCAGUGUUCUUGAAGUAACCAACUGCUUCCCCUUUCCGAUGAGGGAGGAGGAUGAGGAGAUUGAAGCAGAAGGUGCUAACUACCAACUUGAGAUGAUGAGAUGCCUGAGGGAAGUCAAUGUUGACAAUAACACUGUAGGCUGGUACCAAUCAACUUUAUUAGGCUCUUUCCAGACUGUGGAACUGAUUGAGACCUUCAUGAAUUAUCAGGAGAAUAUCAGACGAUGUGUGUGCAUUAUUUAUGAUCCUUCUAAAUCCAACCAAGGUGUCCUGGCUUUGAAGGCCUUGAAGCUUUCUGAUUCUUUCAUGGAGCUUUAUCGCAACAAUGAUUUCAAUGGAGAAAAGUUGCGCGAGAAGAAUCUCACAUGGGUGGAUAUCUUUGAGGAGAUACCCAUCAAGGUUUCAAAUUCAGCCCUUGUGAGUGCAUUCAUGACUGAACUGGAACCGGAUUCACCUGUUACUCAGUGUGAUUAUGAUAGACUACAAUUGUCGACAAAUCCAUUUAUGGAAAGGAACAUGGAGUUUUUGAUUGAAUGCAUGGAUGAUCUUUCAAUGGAACAACAAAAGUUCCAAUUUUACUACCGUAAUUUGUCACGUCAGCAAGCCCAACAGCAAACAUGGCUUCAAAAGAGAAGGUCUGAAAAUAUGGCACGAAAAGCUGCGGGAGAGGAGGCGUUGCCAGAGGAGGACCCGUCAAACCCUAUUUUUAAACCGCUUCCGGAGCCAUCAAGAUUGGAUAGCUUUUUGAUAACAAAUCAAGUUUCCAAUUACUGCAAUCAAAUCAACAGUGUUGCAGGACAGAGUUUCAGCAGAUUAUAUUUGAUGAAGGCGUUACAUGAGUGACAACAACUCAUGGAUAAUCAAUCAAUCAAUCAAUGAGUUAAUUACUUUUUUAUUGAAAACCUAAAGAUUAAGAUGGUAUGUAGGAGAAUUUUGAUAUGUAAAAACUACUUGGAAAUAUUCUAUUCGCAAUUUCAAUCCCUACUUGGUUUAUUUAUGACUAUUUGUUUUCAAGAAUUGGGUAUAAUAUAAAUAUAUUGAUGGUAGGAAA